AUGGAUAAGUUCAUCAACAUAAUUUUGACUGGUUUGAAUUUCAAUAAAAUGAACAAUAAUUUUUCUCUUAAACGAAAUAAAUUCCCUGUAGCUACUUAUGAUGCUUUAAAUAAUAUAUUAAAGUAGAAUCAAUAUGGGAAGGGAUUUAUUAUAUGCUUGGCAAAAUUUCAAUAUAAAAAUCAACUUUAAUUAUUAAUUCUGAAACUCCUACAAGCUUUCAUAACUUACAGACUUUUGAACUACGGUCCUUUACAUCUACAUCCCAUGAUCAAGAAUAAUUGCUUUAUGUUAAAAUUUAAACCAUGA